CCCUGCUCCAGAACAGACAACUGUGUCUCGACGUGGUCGUCUUUGACGAGCGUUUGCUCACCCACAGAUUGUCCCAUUCCUGAUGACAUUCCCAAUGCACAUAAGCUUCACACCGGACUUACCAAUGGUAGUACCACCAUGUACGCCUGCAUGCAAGGAUACGCUUCAAGUUCCUAUAACUCGGUGAUACACUGCAUCUCUGGCGUAUGGUCGUCAUCAGACAUGAACUGUAAUGUUGUGUGUCCAUCACCACCAGGCAUUACAAACGCAGAAGUGACGGUUGAGAACAACACGGCUAGAUAUUUCUGUAAUCCAGGGUAUUAUCAGCUGGAGAAUACAGAUGACUUCAUUUCCUGUCGCGGCAACAUUUGGCAACCUACGAACUUUGAAUGCAUACAAAUCUGUGGAGCCCCGCCCACCAUAGCAAACGCCGAAGUGAUGAGAUUUAACAACAGAGCAAUGUACUCUUGUCGGGAAGGUUAUCGCUCGAUGUCUGGAAGUAACAGGAUUAACUGUACCAUGUCUGUUUGGCAAACGACGACAUUUUCAUGCUAUGCAUUAUCCUGUGGGCCGGCACCAAACAUAACAAAUGCAGAUGUACUUGUAAACGAUGAUGGGGCUAUGUAUGCUUGUCACUAUGGAUUCUCUCCAAGUAACAUAAACAACAGGCUACUCUGUCAAGCUGGUUCUUGGUCACUCACGGAUUUCCAGUGUUUAAAUACCUCAGGCAGUGUCGGAAGUAUUAUUGACAACAAGACCUUACAACGAUGGAUCAAGCAAAUCAAGCACGAUCUUUUGAUUGAUAAAAAAACCACAAAUGCCUACCUGCGCACCCUGAGUAGUGUUUAUGAUCCGCGCCCUGCCUCAAUUGCCAUUGGUGGAUCAGGUGUUGCUCUUUUAUGUAUUGCAAUACUCAUUAUUGUUUUGCCGGAUGUGUUAAGGAUUUGUAAAUACGUUUUCGGGAAAAUUCCGCAAGUAACUAAAUCAAAACCCCGAAAUGAGUGAAUUUUUUUUAAAAGAGCUCUCAUAAGCUUCAAUUUAUGAAAUGCAUAAAGCGAUACAAGUGAAAAUACAAUUAAACUAAUAUUGAACUUAAACUGCGAUACACGAUGAAUGUCAUCUGGUCUGGUCUGACAAUAAUGGGGAUAUAAGAAAAUGAAAUGGACAAAAUAACGAGUUAUUUUAGAUAUUAUUUUCCCCUUUUAAAAGCAAAACAUGGUGCACUUAGAAAUAAAAGACAAUACAAAUGACACAAUAACAGGUAAUUUUAGAUAUGAUUAUUUUCCCCGUUUAAAAGCAAUAAAUGGUGUACUAAUAUUGCUUUCGUCAUUUUGUCUUUAAUACAUUUUUUCUUGUUUGGUGUUAACAAUCUAAACCAAUUUUAUGGCUGGCACAUUUCAGCUUUUAAUCGACAGGGAAUAUUGUUCAAAGCAAUUCUAAAUAAAUCAUCAUAUUCAUACUGGUCGAUCACUAUCGCUGCCACAAUUUCUGUCCAUAUAAUAGUAACAUUGUUUUAAUUAAAAUUUUCUCUGCGGGUGAGAAAACUUACAAAAAGUUAGACAUUUAAAAUACAUUUUUUGGAAAAGUAAAUUUUCCUUAUUAAUAUCAAAUAAAUGUUCUUUCACACAAUGCUAUUACUGGUGUAAUUAGCGUAGUUAUUUUUUCUGGCUUGUAUGUUAGGUAAGCGCUGGUUUUGAUUGAUUUUUUUUUCAAGUUAGCUGUUAUAAAAAGGUAACGUUCCUUCUUGUUUCUUUAUAAUUUAAUUUUAUAAUUUCUUGGUUCUAAUGUAUCUGGAUUAUUUUGCAAAAUGUAUUCUGUAAUAAAUGUGUAUGACCUGUAUGAUUGAUGUUUCAUUAAAAAUAAUAUUUA